CUCUUCACCACUUCCUCAAGCCAGUCGUUGCUGGUCUUGAGAGUGCUUUCGGAAAUGUGCACCGUGAUCCUGUACCUGCUCGUUCUCUGUAUCAUGGAAGAUCUUCAGUGGGCAUUCGCUUCAAGAACUAAUGGGGUGGGAUUGCUUGGUUUCUUGAGCCUCGAUGCUGGCACCAGGGUAUGGGGCUUAUUGAGGCUUCUCUGUACUCGCACUCGAUCGCCUAGCCCACACCGGCGAUAUUCAUUUAUUCGGCUUAGUGUCCUAGCCAUCGUUCCAAUUCCAGGUAUCACCAUUAUGAGCAGUCUCAGGUUCGAGCCCUUCUUUUCAUCCCGCCAAUCCUACCCAAUAGCUGCCGGCUUAGCGGAUUUGAACUCGUCAACAGCAACAUCCAUGUCACCACAAUGGGCUAUGGCCCUAUUAUUCGACAUCGGAAAUCCACAGUGGGACAAUAGGAAUUCAAUUCCAAUGAAACCCCUCGACUCGUUCUUUGGGCGUUGUCGCACAGCAUCUAAUACAACUCAGUGGGCUCCCUGUGAUGAGUCUUAUUUGCUAACGGGCGGCUGCCUCCUAAUAACGCCUCAGAAAGACGACCUAACAACGAAUCCGGAAGCCACUAUAUAUGUUGUUGAGAAUACCAAGAGCUACCACGUGGAGUUCGGCGCAGUGCAUAAUCAGAGCGAGCUUCGAUCACAAGGACACUGCAAGACUUACGGCUACGACAUCGGGGCUAUUCAUUUCUGCGUUGCUCUUGGAGACACCCAAGAGGUGCAGCAUGGUUGGGCAGUUUGCCCACAAAACCUCAUGGACAGGGGACUGUGUCUAAACAACACUUCCUGGACUCGAGAAACUUUCCGAUAUUCUUCAUCCUUCUAUGUAUAUCGUCGCGCCGCCACAGUCUACUACUCCCGCUUCAAUCUAUCCAUCACUGCAGUAAGGGACAUGUCUACGCCAACUCCGUUUCUCGUCACCGCGGGAGACGUAGCCCUAGUCUUCGACAUCGUCAUGCGCAGCAUUAACUUCCAUGGCUCCAAUUCGUCCGAUCCUACCUCCUCCGAUCUUGCACUCUUCAUGUCUGCUGGCCUCCAAAAGAGCGACAACCCGUUCGUGCAACAACUUGCCCGGCGGCAAGCUAGGAAAGCUCUAGCAAUGGUCUUGCAUUACUUCCACGCCAAUCAGAUCGGUGCCGGAGGCCCAGAAUCAGUCUGGGAAGCCACAGCUCCUCGACCCAGACUGCCGCCAGACAUGUACACGACCUUGCAGAUUGCGGUACCCUCCUACCAUGUGGUCGCGAGUCGGUUGACCUUGUAUAUCUUUAUCGGCAUCUCAUCCUCGCUUCUUCUGUUGUGUUUUACAACCAUCGUGUUUACCUGUGGGACUGUUACGAAGUGGCCCGUGAGAACUGGAUACCCGGCGCUGGACUUUGCUAUUUAUUGU